UCCGAGUUGGUAGAUGAACAAAGCAAAACGAUAAACUCCGCUGUUGAUUUUUACUUCAUUGAAGAGAGCGGCGAAAAAUUUAAGAUAUCUUACCCCUUUCGACCGUAUUUUUACAUCAGCACCACUGACGGUGCUGAACAUCACGUUGUAUCAGUUCUCUCAAAGAAAUAUGGUGGCAUUCUAGUAAUGGAAAUUAUCGACAAAGAAGAUUUGGAUUUGAAGAAUCAUCUUUCUGGUCUGAAGAAAACAUACAUAAAGCUAUCCUUUCCAAGUACAGCCGAACUGGCGAAAGUCAAGAAAGACCUCAUGCCACUUGUUCGUAAGAACAGGAACAGAAUCAAGAAGGAGUCACAGUACUGCUCAUAUCUUGCAAGGAAUAUGGGUGGAUCUAAUUACGAAUCACGAGAAAAUGAUGUUUUGACCGAUAUUUUGGAUAUUAGGUAG